CUCUUGUCACACCGCACGUCUCCCUUUGCAGAGAGAGAGAGAGAGAGAGAGAGAGAAAUAGAAGUGCCAACGACCACAGAUACAAAACACCAUGAGCCCUUCUAAGCAGCGACAUCGCAGCUCAACCGGCGAUACCAAGUCAAAACCGAUAAGAUCCGCCUCUUCCUCCGCCACACCGGAAUGGAUCGCAGAAUCAAUCAACGGCGGCUCCCUCCGCCGCGUAGAUCCCGAAACAGGCACCGACGGCUGGGCUUCUCCUCCGGGAGACGUCUUCUCUCUCCGCUCCGACUCCUACUUGACCAAAAAGCAAAAAUCCCCCGCCGGAGGCUACCUCCUCUCCCCCGCGGGGAUGGACUGGCUCAGAUCGACUUCCAAGCUCGAGAACGUACUCGCGCGUCCCGACAACCGCGUGGCCCACGCGCUAAGAAAGGCUCAAUCCCGAGGCCAAUCCCUCAAGUCCUUCAUCUUCGCCGUGAACCUCCAGAUCCCGGGGAAAGACCACCACAGCGCCGUCUUCUACUUCGCCUCCGAGGACCCGAUCCCCUCCGGCUCCCUCCUCCACCGGUUCAUAAACGGAGACGACUCGUUCCGGAACCAGAGGUUCAAGAUCGUGAACAGGAUCGUGAAAGGGCCGUGGGUGGUUAAAGCGGCGGUUGGGAACUACGGCGCGUGCCUCCUCGGGAAGGCGCUGACGUGUAAUUACCACAGAGGGGAUAACUACUUCGAGAUCGACGUUGAUAUAUGCAGCUCGGCGAUCGCGACGGCGAUCCUGAGGCUCGCGCUUGGGUACGUGACGAGCGUGACGAUCGACAUGGGGUUCCUGGCGGAGGCGCAGACUGAGGAGGAGCUGCCGGAGAGAUUGAUCGGAGCUGUGAGGGUUUGUCAGAUGGAAAUGUCGUCGGCGUUUGUUGUCGACGCGCCGCCGCCGUCUCAGCAGCCGUGUAGAACGCUGAGUUCGGCGAAGGUUAACCACGACGAGGACGAGGAUUGAGAUUUUUUCAAAAAUUUGAGCACGUGACGAUUCACCAGUGCCGGGUCAAUGCGUUGCUGUAAUCUAAUAUCAAAGGAGAUGAAACAGUUUUCAUCACUCUCGGUCUGAUCUGUGUUUACAUCAGAUAUUUUGAAGGAUUUUGUAAAUAAUUUUUUUAUGUCGCUGAGAAAAUUUUAUGAUACAUUAAUGGAAAUAAAUUGAAAAUUCGAGGGUUUCUCCAA